AUGGUCGUCUACUACCAGAUCGCCGGCAAGAAGGUCGGCUCUCACGUUCUCGCCAUGGGUGUUCUCGGUAGCACUUUCGCUGGUGCCUACCUCUCUACCCGCGGCGGCAGCAAGGAGCAGCAGCAGAAGCAGCAGGGCCCCCCUGUUCAGGCCGGCUCCAAGGACGAGGAGGAUUUCAUUCAGAAAUUCCUGCAAUCAGCGGACGGCGGUGACCAAAAAGCCCAGCACUAA